CGUUAGUGGUCGCUCGGUUCGUUCGUUUCGUGUUCGUUUCGUUUCGUUUCGCAUUCGUUUUGUUCGUCGUGUUAGAACGUACGUAAUGCUCGUUGUUUCGUUACGUUGCGAUUACGUCGUACGUAGCUCACACUCCGUGAAACUUCGCGCUGACGUUGACGCUGCUGACUUCACGCCAUCGUCUGUGUCCGUAUCCGUGUCCGCGCGUCUCUCUCUCUCGCUCCUUUCGCUCACGCUCUUUCGCUGCCUCUGCUGAGUGCCAUUGUGUGGGCGCUGCUUCGUGCCAUUCGAAAUGUGUGUCAGUGGCUUCUCGUCAGCGCACUGAAGCGAGCGGAAAGAGCGUUUGUGUGAGUUCGGGUUCGAGUUCGAGUUGCUCCCCCAAACUCCAACUGCAACUCUGACUUUGUCUCCGGCAACCAACAACUUCAUCUCGGUGCGCGUAAAACGAAUUUGCCUCUUAUAAAUCACUCGUUGGGCACGAAGCACUCCAAGCACAACAAGCUUCUCAUCAACAAGAAAGCAACACACAAAAAAAAAAUAAGAAAAUAAUGAAAAAAAUGUGGUUUAAUUAACUCAAGAGGAAAAAGUUCAACAGUUUAACUAAUGUGUGUGUGUUUGUGUGAUGCGGUUGUUAUCAUGUUUUUUAUUCCAUCCAUCCAGCCAUGUACAUACAUAAAAAAUGCAUUAGACUAACAAGCGGCUUUUAGAAAAAGAACAAAUGCAAUUACUCAACAACAAGUAAAACUAACUAAAAAAACAAAACGCAAAGAAAAGAAAAACAAACAACAACAAUACAAAAAAAGUGUUGCAGCAAAAACGGCGAAAGCGGAACCGGAAAUGCACAUAACGGCGCCUGACAACAGCAGUGAGAGGAAAUAACAGCAGCGGCAAGCGAAGUUCACACACACCCACACACCUCCCCCGCACUCUUCCCCCUCCAAAUCAGCGACACACACACACCACUUGCAAAGCAAUGUAGCCGCUGCUGUGCGUGUGUGUAGAAGUGCAUUCAAGCAAGCUUAGAAGGAAGCUGAAGCGAAGCUGCAACAAUUGGAUCAGGCAACAUCAACAAGAAGCUGUAGCUGUAAAGCAAAUCAAUUUCAUACCCAGCGACGUCACACGGAAAAUCAUUCAAAAUUCAUCGUUUAAGCAAAGCGGAUAUGAUCAGCAAUCGUGGCGAACAAAAGCAAUUUCAAGAAUUUAACGCGAAAUAGAACCAACAAGAAAAAAUCUCUCAAUUUACAAGAAUAACACACAACCAACACACGAAAAGCCAAUCAAAAACGUGCAUAUCAAUAGCCGAUUAACUGGUCAAACCAAUCAAACGUCGCAUUUAAGCGCAGGACACAAUACAAUAGAGAACUGCAAAUAGUUUAAAUACAACAAAAAAGCAACUGGAGCUGAAGCUGACUGAGAAGAGCAAAGAGAAGAGACGGAGGAGGAGAACGGCUAAACUGCUCGCUGGCUGUGGGUGCAUGCCGCGGAUCAGCCGCGGAUUAUGUCACGUGACGAAUAUAAUCCAGUGAAUAGCUCUGGUGUGCGCAGUCCGGGUCGCGUGCGUCGCCUCCAGGAAUUGCCAACAGUCGAUCGCUCACCAUCACGGGAUUACGGCGCACGCGGAAGUCCUCUAGCAAUGGGCAGUCCAUACUACCGCGACAUGGAUGAGCCAACAAGUCCCGCGGGCGCGGGACACCAUCGCAGCCGCAGUGCCAGCAGACCACCGAUGUCACAUGCCAUGGACUAUCCAAGAACCCGCUAUCAAUCGCUCGAUCGCGGCGGUCUCGUCGAUCCACACGAUCGCGAGUUCAUACCCAUACGAGAGCCGCGUGAUCGCUCCCGGGACAGAUCCCUGGAGCGUGGGCUCUAUCUAGAGGACGAGCUGUACGGCCGUUCGGCCCGACAAAGUCCCAAUGCACUGGGAGGCUAUAAUACGGGCAUGCCCACCUCAGAUCGCGCUUAUCUGGGGGACUUGCAGCAUCAGAACACCGAUCUGCAACGUGAACUGGGCAAUCUGAAGCGCGAACUGGAGCUGACGAAUCAAAAGCUGGGCAGCUCCAUGCACAGCAUCAAGACCUUCUGGUCGCCCGAACUGAAAAAGGAGCGAGCGUUGCGCAAAGAGGAGAGCGCCAAAUACAGUCUGAUCAACGAUCAGCUGAAGCUGCUCAGCACAGAGAAUCAGAAACAAGCGAUGCUGGUGCGUCAGUUGGAGGAGGAGCUGCGUCUGCGUAUGCGACAACCGAAUCUCGAGAUGCAGCAGCAAAUGGAGGCCAUCUAUGCGGAGAACGAUCAUUUGCAGCGCGAGAUAAGCAUAUUGCGUGAAACGAUCAAGGAUCUCGAGUGUCGCGUGGAGACGCAAAAGCAAACGCUGAUAGCACGCGACGAGAGCAUCAAGAAGCUGCUCGAAAUGCUGCAGGCCAAGGGCAUGGGCAAGGAGGAGGAGCGUCAAAUGUUCCAGCAAAUGCAAGCGAUGGCACAAAAACAGAUGUACAAUAACUUCACGGGUGCCAGCGGAAGCCCCCCACUGCCAGAUAUCAUUGGACAAUACUACGGCCCAACCGGUGGAUACGGUGGAGCACCGCUCAACGGCUCGUUUGCCGCCGGUCUAAGUGGCGCCGGCUAUGGCAAUGCCGCCUAUGAGCUGUACGGACCAUCGACGUCAACGGGUUACCUGUACGAUCCGACAUCGUUGGCUGCAACCGCUGCCCAGCUGUAUGGACAAACGUCACCGAUACGUAGGCGUCGGUAUAGCAUUGCGGGUUUGCCAUCGGCAACAAUGUACAAUGAUGUGUAUGGAUAUCCAGCGCCGCCGCUGCAUCAGACGAGCUCCUCAAAUAUUGUGAAUCUGUUGAAUGAGGCGCACAAAUCGAUAUCACGCUCAUCGCAGAUAUUGAAUUUGAGCCACCAGGCCAGACAGCUGGGGCAACCGAUGGCAACGGUGACGACACCGCUGUCCGGCCGUGUGGUCUCCAGUUAUCCAACGCUGCAUGCGGGCGACACAUCGCCGCCAUAUUUGAACGAUAACCUGCUGCAAAUGUCGACGAGCUUCUCAUCCCAGCCCAAUAUGUACUUCCAGCCGCAGCCGACGCAGCUGACGGCCGCUCAAAGCGCCGCUGCGGCGGCUGCUCGACUGCGACCCGCCUACUCCGUAUCGAAUCUUGUCGCUGGCACUGGCCCUGGCUCUGGCUAUCCAGGCAGCUGCAAGUACGGCGCGACGGGCUACGCGAAUCCCUAUCAAAGCGAUCCACUCACCUCGGUCACCGGCGGCCCAUAUGGCCUUGGCCUCGGCAGCCUCGGCGGCCUGGGUGCGGGCAUGGGUUCGGGUCUCGGCCUGAGCGGCAUGCCAGGCGGAGGCGUAGGCGGAGGCAUCGGGGCCAUGGGCAGCAUGGGCCUGGGCCUGGGUCUGGGUCUGGGGGGUAUGCCUGGGUCGGUAUCACAACAGCAGCAGCGUCAUCUCAUGUCACACACACUGCAUGCCUCAAAUCCCGCCAUUUCGCAGUACUAUCAGCAGCACUCGCUACCGCCGCCGGCCAGCUCGGCGCUGGCCUACAAUCUGCAUCAGCAGUUCGCCGGAACGCAGCAACAACAGCAGCAGCAGCAGAGUGGCCAGCAGCUGGGCCAGCCGCAUUCGCAUAUACAGGCCUCGGUGCAGCAGCAGAUGAACCCGCAGUAUCAGUAUCAUGUGCAUCAGCACCAGAACCAUCUGCAAACCCAUCCGCUGGCAGCGUUGGCCAACACAACCGGCCCCUUUGGCGGCACGCUGGCGAGCAGUGCUCGCGAUGCCGCUGUAGCAGCUGGUGUUGGCUACGAGGGGCUGCAUCAUACACCGCAUUCGGCACACUCGCAUCUGCAUUCGCAUUCGCAUCCGCAUCCGCAUCAUCACCAUCCGGUUGGUCUGCAUGCCUCGACAUACCCGCACUCGUCAUACUCGCAUCAUCAUCAUCAGCAACAGCAACAACAACAACACCAGCAUCAGCAACACCACCACCAGCAGCAGCAACAUCAACAUCACCAUCACUUGCCAUACUCGAAACUAGACUUAGAUUACCCGAAACUGCCGCAAGAGCAUAAGCGACAAUUGGACGAAUUCCGUCUUGAAAUACAAAGAAGGGAUCAAGAGAUUCUGGCGAUGGCGGCCAAAAUGAAAACGCUCGAGGAGCAGCAUCAGGACUAUCAGCGGCACAUAGCGGUGCUCAAGGAGUCGCUAUGUGCCAAAGAGGAGCACUACAACAUGCUGCAGACGGACGUCGAGGAGAUGCGCGCCCGCCUCGAGGAGAAGAAUCGCCUCAUCGAGAAGAAGACCCAAGGCACGCUGCAGACGGUGCAGGAGCGCAAUCGCCUAACCAGCGAGCUGACCGAGCUCAAGGAUCACAUGGACAUCAAGGAUCGAAAGAUUAGUGUGCUGCAGCGCAAGAUUGAGAAUCUCGAGGACUUGCUGAAGGAGAAGGACAACCAGGUGGACAUGGCAAGGGCGCGUCUCUCCGCCAUGCAGGCUCAUCACAGCAGCUCCGAGGGCGCACUCACCAGCCUCGAGGAGGCCAUCGGCGACAAGGAGAAGCAAAUGGCGCAAUUGCGCGAGCAACGCGAUCGCGCCGAGCACGAGAAGCAGGAGGAGCGUGAUCUCCACGAGCGCGAGGUGACCGACUACAAGAUGAAGUUGCGUGCCGCCGAAAGCGAUGUCGAGAAGCUGCAGACGCGCCUCGAGCGGGCGGUGAACGAGCGUGAGCGGCUGGAGAUCAAGCUGGAGGCGUCGCAGAGCGAACUGGGCAAGUCGAAGGCGGAGCUGGAGAAGGCCACCUGCGAGAUGGGACGCAGCAGCGCCGACUGGGAGUCCACGAAGCAGCGCAUUGCACGGCUCGAGCUGGAGAACGAGAGGCUCAAACACGAUCUGGAGCGUUCGCAGAAUGUACAAAAGUUAAUGUUCGAAACGGGCAAAAUAUCGACAACGUUUGGCCGCACCACAAUGACGACGUCCCAGGAGCUGGAUCGAGCGCAGGAGCGUGCUGACAAAGCGUCUGCCGAGCUGCGUCGCACGCAGGCUGAGCUGAGAGUGACACAGGGCGAAACUGAAAAACGUUUUUCGGACGCUGAGCGUGCACGCGAAGAAGCCGCCGCCCUGCAAGAAAAACUGGAAAAGAGCCAGGGCGAAGUCUAUCGACUCAAGGCGAAACUGGAGAACGCCCAAGGCGAGCAAGAGAGUCUGCGCCAGGAGCUGGAGAAGGCCCAGAGCGGCGUCUCUCGCAUACACGCCGAUCGCGAUCGGGCGUUCUCCGAGGUCGAGAAGAUCAAGGAGGAAAUGGAGCGAACUCAGGCAACGCUCGGCAAAUCGCAGCUGCAGCAUGAGAAGCUGCAGAAUUCGCUGGACAAGGCACAGAACGAGGUCGAUCAUCUGCAGGACAAGCUCGACAAGGCGGGCGCCGAGAAUCGACGGCUCGUCCUCGAAAAGGAGAAGCUCACCUACGACUACGACAAUCUGCAGUCGCAGCUUGACAAGGCUCUCGGCCAGGCAGCUCGCAUGCAGAAGGAGCGCGAAACUCUCACUCUGGACACGGAUCGCAUUCGCGAGAAACUUGAGAAGACGCAGAUGCAGCUAGCGCGCAUACAGAAGGAGCGGGAUCAGUUCUCCGAUGAACUGGAGACGCUCAAGGAGCGCUCGGAGUCAUCGCAGACGCUGCUGAUGAAGGCCGCUCGCGAUCGGGAGGCGAUGCAAACCGAUUUGGAAGUGUUGAAGGAGCGCUACGAGAAAUCGCAUGCCAUACAACAGAAAUUGCAGAUGGAGCGUGACGAUGCCGUCACCGAGGUGGAGAUACUCAAGGAGAAGCUGGACAAGGCACUGUAUGCCAGCCAGAAACUGAUCGACGAGAAGGACACCUCGAACAAGGAGUUCGAGAAGAUGCUUGAGAAAUACGAUCGUGCUCAAAACGAAAUCUAUCGCCUGCAGUCGCGUUGCGACACCGCCGAAGCGGAUCGUGCCCGUCUCGAGGUGGAGGCCGAACGCUCCGGUUUGGCGGCAUCGAAGGCACGCGAGGAUCUGCGCAAGCUGCAGGACGAGAGCACACGGCUGCAGGAGGCCUGCGAUCGUGCGGCACUGCAGCUGAGUCGCGCCAAGGAGUGCGAGGAUAAUGCACGCAGCGAACUCGAACACAAUCGCGAUCGCUUCGACAAACUGCAGACGGACAUCCGACGCUCGCAGGGCGAAAAGGAGCACUUCCAGUCCGAGCUGGAGCGUGUCACCUACGAGCUGGAACGCGCACAUGCUGCGCAGACCAAGGCGGGCGCCAGUGUCGAAGCGGCCAAGGAGGAGGCCGCUCACUAUGCUGUGGAGUUGGAGAAGAUGCGUGAACGCUACGAGAAGAAUCAGGUUGAGCUGCGCAAGCUGCAGGACACCGAUACGUUUGGCCGCGAGACGCGACGCCUCAAGGAGGAGAACGAGCGGCUGCGCGAGAAGCUGGACAAGACGCUGAUGGAGCUGGAGACGAUACGCGGCAAGUCGCAGUACGAGUCGGAGUCGUUUGAGAAGUACAAGGACAAGUACGAGAAGAUCGAGAACGAGAUCCAGAACAUGGAGUCGAAGCUGCACGAGACGAGCCUGCAGCUGGAGCUGUCCAAGGGCGAGGUGGCCAAAUUGCUGGCGAAUCAGGACAAGCAGCGCAGCGAACUGGAGCGUGCGCACAUUGAGCGGGAGAAGGCGCGCGACAAGCACGAGAAACUGCUGAAGGAGGUCGAUCGUUUGCGCCUGCAACAGUCCUCGGUGAGCCCCGGCGAGCCGGUGCGUUCGUCCGCCUCGAUGUCGAUCUCGGCGGGCGAGCGACAGGAGAUCGAUCGGCUGCGUGAUCGCCUCGAGAAGGCGCUGCAGUCGCGCGAUGCUACCGAACUGGAGGCCGGUCGCUUGGCCAAGGAACUGGAGAAGGCACAAAUGCAUUUGGCCAAACAGCAGGAGAACACCGAGUCCACGCGCAUCGAAUUCGAGCGCAUGGGCGCUGAACUGGGACGUCUCCACGAUCGCCUCGAGAAAUCCGAAUCGGAGAAGGAGACGUUGCGUCAGACAAGUCGCAAUGCUGGUGCUGCUGGUGGUGCUGGUGCCAAUCCGCAGCUGGAGAAGCACGUGCAGAAGCUGGAGAGCGACAUCAAGCAGCUGGCCAUGGAGCGAGAGCAGCUGGUGCUGCAGCUGGAGAAGAGCCAGGAGAUACUGAUGAACUUCCAGAAGGAGCUGCAGAAUGCCGAAACGGAAUUGCAAAAGACACGCGAGGAGAAUCGCAAGCUGCGCAACGGACAUCCCGUGGCGCCAGCGGCUCCCGCCGAGAUUCAGGCCAUGCAGAAGGAGAUCCAGGUGCUGCAACAGAAGCUGCAAGAGUCCGAGCGAGCCUUGGCCGCCGCUGGACCAUCACAGCAGCAGCAGGGAGCGGCCGCAGCAGCGGGCGCAAGUCGCGAGGAGAUCGAACAGUGGCGCAAGGUCAUCGAGCAGGAGAAGAACCGCGCCGACAUGGCUGACAAGGCGGCCCAGGAGAUGCACAAGCGCAUACAGCUGAUGGACCAACACAUCAAGGAUCAGCACGCCCAGAUGCAGAAGAUGCAGCAGCAGAUGUCGCAGAUGACACAGCAACAACAGCAACAGGCGGCAGCGCAGCAGCAACAAAAUGCCGCAGCUGCAGCCAGCGGCGUCGAUGCCAAGGAGCUUGAGAAGGUCAAAGGUGAACUGCAAGCUGCGUGCACGGAGCGCGAUCGCUUCCAGCAGCAGCUGGAGCUGCUCGUGCAAGAGCUGGAAAAGAGUCAGAUGUCCAAUCAGGAGCAGGCCAAGCAACUGCAGACGGCGCAGCAGCAGGUGCAACAACUGCAACAGCAGGUUCAAACGUUGCAACAGCAAAUGCAGCAGCUGCAACAAGCGGGCAGUGCGGGAGCGGCGGCCACAGAUGUACAACGCCAGCAGCUGGAGCAGCAGCAAAAGCAGCUGGAAGAGGUGCGCAGGCAGAUCGACAACCAGGCCAAGGCCACCGAAGGCGAGCGCAAGAUCAUCGACGAGCAGCGCAAACAGAUCGAGGCCAAGCGCAAGGACAUCGAGGACAAGGAGAAGAAAAUGGCCGAAUUCGAUGUGCAGCUGCGCAAGCGAAAGGAACAAAUGGAUCAACUGGAGAAGUCACUCCAAACCCAAGGAGGAGGCGCCGCGGCUGCUGGCGAGCUCAACAAGAAGCUCAUGGACACGCAACGGCAACUCGAAGCUUGCGUCAAGGAGCUGCAGAACACAAAAGAGGAGCACAAGAAGGCGGCAACAGAGACAGAGCGACUGCUGCAGUUGGUACAAAUGUCGCAAGAGGAGCAGAACGCCAAGGAGAAGACCAUCAUGGAUUUGCAACAAGCCUUAAAGAUCGCUCAAGCCAAAGUCAAACAAGCACAAACACAGCAACAGCAAGCGGACGCUGGUCCCGCUGGCUUCUUGAAGAGCUUCUUCUAAAGAGAAACAGCAACAGAACCCACAAUAUUAACAAAAGAAGAAGAAGACGAAGAAUGAAUAUUUACAAAGCAAAUAGAGCAAGAAGAAAAAAACGAUAAAAAGAAAAUGAGAAAAAAAAAACAAAAACAAGAAUAACAACAGCACUGUCUACUAUUUUGUAUACUACCGAUACCGAUACCGAUAACGAUACCGACUAUGCAGUAUUUCUUCAACUACUAUGUACCACACACACACACACACAUAUUCUAUAUACACAAAGAAACACACACACAGACACAUUUGUAAAUGACAUAUGUAAAUGCAAGCAAAUUAUUUGAUAUUUAUUGUAUUGUAAUUAGGUUGCCGCUAUACUCAAAUUAUGGAUGCAUUUAUGUAAAUGUCAGUCAGAACGUAACGCGUCACGUAACGACGUUACGUAAUUAUAGUAACUCUCUCGAACUUACAACUUAACUCUAUGUAUACCCUUAAAUGCCACACUCUUACGUAUACUCUAUCUCUAAAAACGCUCUCGCUAUCUUUCUCUUUCUCAUACACACACCACGCUACAGCAGACACGUCAUCUCUAUAUAGUAUAUAAAUAUACUAUUUGUCUCGCUUUACACUCCACACACUCGAUUUCCCUCCCUAUUUCUUCUCUGGCUGUCUCGCUGUCUAGUUAACUGUUGACAUGAUCAUUUUUGUACAUUUUCGAUCGAUGCGCUGAAAAGUCGGCAAACGAAAUUGCAGUUCACACGAUCUGCGUUCUCACGAUCGUGAGACAUUUUCGUGACAUACAAUAGUUUCACUCUCGGCACAGCUCUGCAAAAACGAAAAACGAAAAAUUGCACGUUUGAUAAGGAAAAUCCCAUCAUUAGUUUUGCAUACGGCGCGAAUGUGAUUCACAAUAACCAAAAUAAAUAAAAGUAAAAACCAAAACGAAAACCAAAUGAAAACAUCAAAGAGAAAACUAAUGCAAAAUGAAUAAUAAAUUAUUUAAUAUACAUAAAUUAUACUACAUAUAAAUUGUUAGGCGCUGACGACGUAUACAUAAUUAUUAAAGUACAUAUUUGUAGUUAUCGAUAUGCUAGUCUCUGUUAUAGUUAGUUAAAUCUGAACAAUUGAUGAUGAAGAUGAAGAACGAAAUCAUAUGCAUACAUCCCACAUACAUACAUACAUACAUAAUUACAUGCAUACACUGUACAUACAGCAUAGACGCAUUUAUCGCAAUCGAACAAUAUGAAUACAAAUAUACAAACAUAAAACAAAUAAUAAAAUUAAUAAUAAUAAAAAGUAGAGCAAUAAUUUAUACUAAAUAUAACCCACAAUACGAUACGAUAUCUAUAUAUAUACGAUUAUCUGUAUAUUGUAGCUACUUGUAUGAGCAUUACGAGUAUAAUAUUCUAUUGCGUAGCCUUUAGCCGUGUACCAAAGAACAAGGAAGAAACACAACAACCGACAAAAGAAAAAAAGAAAA